CAUGUGUUGAGACUUUCUCCAAACCCUUUUGCCCCUCGUGAUUCCGCCCCCUUGGCACGCCUCUUACAGCCUCAGCGAAUAUCGUGCAACGCUGCUUUUGUUGUUGCCCCCCGGAUUCGCCUCCCCCGCCUUCCUUCUCCAAAUUCCCCAACGACAACCAUCCGUCUCCUGCUUCUGAAAUCUCGUAAUCAGCCGCAAAAUCCGCCGCCAUGUCUGCCAUUGCCAGAGCCCUGCGGCCUGCUGUACAGCGAGGCCAGGCCGUUGCUGUUUCUGCCACGGCUUCUGCCGGAAGACUGUCGACUGCCUCUGCUAGAAAAUGCCGUCCUACGCGGACAUUCACAGCCCAGCAAAUGCGCCCUCUGUCCGUCACGGCUCGGCGUUGCACCGAGCUCGACGAGCUGACGCCCACGCCGAUAACGCACUUCUCCGAGAUCGAAACUGCCAUGCAGGACUCCGUCUCCAAGUUCGCCAACGACGUCAUCCUGCCCAAGGCCCGUGACAUGGACGAGGCCGAGAAGAUGGACCCCUCAGUUGUCGAGCAGCUAUUUGAGCAGGGCCUCAUGGGUAUCGAGAUCCCCGAGGAGUACGGCGGCGCGGGCAUGAACUUCACCUCCGCCAUUGUCGGCAUCGAGGAGCUCGCGCGGGUCGAUCCCAGUGUCAGCGUCAUGGUCGACGUCCACAACACCCUCGUCAACACCGCCGUCCUCAAGUGGGGUAGCCCCGAGCUCAAGAAGAAGUGGCUGCCCCGGCUCGCCACCGACACCGUCGGCAGCUUUUGCCUCAGCGAGCCCGUCUCCGGAUCCGAUGCUUUCGCGCUCGCCACCAAGGCCACCGAGACCGCCGACGGCUACACAAUCUCGGGCGGCAAGAUGUGGAUCACCAACUCGCUCGAGGCCAACUUCUUUAUCGUCUUCGCCAACCUCGACCCGAGCAAGGGAUACAAGGGCAUCACUGCCUUCAUCGUCGAGAAGGGCACCCCUGGCUUCGAGAUCGCGAAGAAGGAGAAGAAGCUCGGCAUCAAGGCCAGCAGCACCUGCGUCAUUACUUUCGAUGAUGUCAAGAUCCCCAAGGAGAACCUCCUCGGUGAGAAGGGCCAGGGCUACAAAUACGCUAUUGGUCUUCUCAACGAAGGCCGCAUUGGUAUCGCCGCGCAGAUGACUGGUCUGGCCCUCGGCGCCUUUGAGAACGCCGUCAAGUACGUAUGGAACGACCGCAAGCAGUUCGGCUCCCUGGUUGGCGAGUUCCAGGGCAUGCAGCACCAAAUCGCCCAGUCGUACACCGAGAUCACGGCCGCGCGGCACCUGGUCUACAACGCCGCCCGCAAGAAGGAGGCCGGCGAGGACUUUGUGCGCGACGCCGCCAUGGCCAAGUUGUACGCCUCGCAGGUCGCCGGCCGCGUCAGCGGCCUCGCCGUCGAGUGGAUGGGCGGUAUGGGUUUCGUGCGCGAGGGCCUGGCCGAGAAGUUCUUCCGCGACAGCAAGAUUGGCGCCAUCUACGAGGGCACCAGCAACAUCCAGCUCAACACGAUCGCCAAGCUGCUGCAAAAGGAGUACACCGCGUGAGCGGGGCAGAUUCAUUGAUGUUGAUGUGCGGGUGUAAAGACAUAGGAACGGACGUUUGGCGCUGCGUUAUUAGACAUUUAAAAAUCGGCAUGCAGCAGCUACGCGACCAUGAGGAGUCAUGUAUCUUGCGGUACUUAAAAAUCUGGUAAAGAACAAUAAAAACAAGCAUACAGCCAAACGCGUAGUCACGAGAUCUUCCUCGAUUUAAUAGCUGAAGGAAUAUAUGUUGUGUCCAGCGCCCGCCAGCUAAGUCGUUGAUCAAUGAAACAUGACAGAAAGGCUUGAGAUGAUCCUAUGCCACAGCAGAUUGUAUGCGGAGUGGAAAGAACUGACGCGUACAUCUUUCAGAUCGUGCUGUGUGCUUUGUUCACACAAAGCUCCAGUCCUAGACGCUGAACAUACGAUUGCACAAUUAGAGUAAUCACGAUGUGCUGGUCUCGCGAUAGUCGAGCCAUGAACGUGGGGUUGUGGGCUGUGCCGUUGCAUAGCAAUCAGCC